CUGCGCCCAUGGUUUGACUUGGCAGGUCCCAGUGUCACGAAGUCAAGGAUAGAGAUAAGAUAGUUGAAACGAUAUGCCGCGAAGAUUGGAUGCGAGGGGGUCAUCAGGAGGCUCGAAACUACUCGUAUAUUUACAAUGUUACUUUGUGACCAUUGCCACCAUUCUGGGGACAGGAAUUCUAGGAUUACCUGUCACCUUGACACAAGCGGGAAUGUACCCCUUCCUCAUCUCCUUCAUCACCAGCACGCUCAUGCAGGUACUCCUCAUCUUCUACUUCACUGACCUCCUGCAGCGAGCCAUUGCAGUGCAGCGCAACCCUAACCAGGAUGAGCUUGUCCCCCUGCAGGACAUGGAGGAGGACAGCGAUGACGAGAUCUUCAGUAAAGGCAGGACACAAGUGUCGGGCGGAGUCACUCGGGGCGCUGUGGUUGCUGGAGAAUCAGGGGGAGACAACUCCGUCCGUCCUCCCAAUCUUCAUCUCCUGGGGGAGCUGUUCCUGUGUUGCGGGGUGAGACAGGCGUUCGACGUCAUGGUUAUCCUCCAGUUUAUUGCGCUACUCAUCUGUUACUCCCUGGCGGGGAGUGAAGCGUUUGCCCAGUUGGUGGGAAUCAGCCAUGUGUACGUCAUCCCGGGGUUUGUGUGGAUCCUGACGGUAGCGGUAGUGUUUGCCUUGAAACUAAUCCAGCCUGUAGUCUCCAUUCUGACAUUCCUCAAGGGGUCGCUGCUACUUGGCACAACAAUAGUGACCUUCUAUGUGGGAGUGUCGGUCGGACGGGAGAUCAGCAACGACUUCAAGUAUUUGGGAGAACCCUUUCUGAUGGGAACUGUAGCUCUCGGUGGAAUAAUCAACACAAUGCCCUUUAUUUAUGAAAAAAUAGAAUUCAACCCCAAACAGAUCAAGAGGUACCGCCUGUCUGUGUUGAUGGGCCUCAUAACCUGCAGCCUGCUCAACAUUCUGUGGUGCUGGGCGGUGCUAGACAUUGUCCCCCAGACGGUUGCCAUGGCGUGUGUCCGGAGUCAACCUGAUGUCAUGGAAACAGUACAGUCAACCCAGUCAACAACAGGUCCAGUGAUGGAGCACGUGUCCGAAGUCUGUACCGGAGAUCUAUCACUGGAGAGUGCUGCGAAAAAUGGCGAAAUUUCUACGUUACCUCUUACAAAAAUUCUACAAAGAGAUUACCCACACUUCAAGUGGGUUGCGUUCUUGGUUGAACUAUUUAUAGUCAUCAGUAUUACAGUAUCGUAUCUCACGAUAGGAACAGCAUUACACCACACAUUGUCGGGCUGGGUGGAGUCGAGCUGGACCAAGGACUCCUUCUCCCGGUUCAUCCCCAAGUUCCGUGACCCGGACACCUGCAGCUGCAUCAACGGGAGAUGGUUGUGUACAGUGAUCACCUCCAUCCUCGCCUUCGUGGUCGUCUUUACGGUUGCCAUGUUGGACCCUCAGGGCUUUGUUGAAAUCCUGGAGAAGUUUGCCUCGUUCACCCUCAACGCCCAGGCCGGCAUCUUCGUCUUCCUCAUGCUGCUGAGGUGCAGGAACAAGGAGAACAGGAACUUGGAUCUAGCUCUCCCCCUCCCCGAGUGGCUGUGCUAUCUACAGUUCCUCCUCCCCCUGUAUUUUGGAUUUGCUGUUGUAUACGACGUCUAUAGCACCAUCUACGGCUGGGUGGGGGACCACGGCGUCUCCACCGCCACACUCCUCAACUUAACGUCCACAACUACAUCAACAACGUCAGUUACUGACACCAGUUACAACUACACAACUCCACAAACACCGUCAUGAUAUGUAUCGACGUAUUAAAUCAGAAUGUCAUAUUUUUUAAAGAAUGCCCAUAUAUGGGUGUUUACUUACUUCAUUUUUAUGCAUGUACAAGAUGAUAAUUUAGAAGAUUUUGUGAUGUUAUUUUAAGUGGAAGGAAGUUUAUCUGUACAAAUAUUUAGAAGGAGAUUGUUUUGUGUAAAAAGUGAAGUAAUAUUGCUUUUUACAUUUUUAAUUGUUUUUAUUCAGAUGUUGGUACUUGCCAUUAAAAAAAUUGUUUAAUCGGUCAAUCGUAACAGUUAAAAACUAGGGGUGGAUUUAAAUUAAUUUUUUUAUAUAUAUUUCUUUUUUUAUUCAAAUUAUUAUAUUUUUUUUAAAUUUGAUACCUGUUAAUUUCAUUUGAAUCCUAUAAAUUGGUUUGUCAUCGGCCACGACACAAUGACAAAACAAACUUGAACUCUUUAUAGUGGAAAUGAUGAAAGAUUUGGCAUCGGAUGAGCCUGGUAUUUAUAGUUGGCUGAAAGAGGGAAUUCAGAGAUCUAAUAUUUACAGUGGAACUAACUGUCAUGUGCAGAUAUACGGUUAUUUAGCAAGUAGACUACAUAGAUUUUGACUGAGUAUUUUAAGAUGUAUCUAGAACUAUUGAAACACACUGAUAGGUGAGGGGGCACGGGUGGCCCAGUCGUCUAAGGCGCCGCAAUUCGCUGUGCAGAGUUGCGUCCCUUGGGCACGCCAGAAACCUUUGAUUUGGGGUUCGAAUCCUGGGUCGCCCAGAUUAUG